AUGAGAAAGCUGAGUUUCGUAGAUAAGUGGCCGUUAAUGAAUCCAAAUGAUGUGGUGUUUAUUAUAUCUACGUAUCUGAUAUUUGUUUUAAAAGUUGGACCUGCAUUGAUGCAUAGACGAGAGCCGGUCCCAAUGAAAGGAUUCCUUGUUUUCUACAACAUUAUUAAAGUUAUAAACUCUUCUGUUUUGGCUUAUAAGUUCCUGGCUUACAUACUCGACAAAGGUUUGUUUCCGAGAAAAUGUGAACACGAUGAUCGCACUAUAUACCUAAUCGCGGUGCUUUACUGGAAAUUUAUGGCGGCAAAAGUUUUGGACCUCUUCGACACAGUUUUUUAUGUGCUACGAAAGAAGUCUUCACAGCUCACUAUCCUCCAUAUUUACCACCAUAUGUUUAUGGUGGUAGUCAGCUGGUGCAGCUUAAAGUAUGAUCCGUCUGACCACUGGGCGUUUAUGGCGGUCAUAAACUGUAGCAUACACGCUGUUAUGUAUACGUAUUAUGGGUUAGCAGCCAUGGGUCCCGCUUAUGCGAAGUAUUUGUGGUGGAAGAAAUAUCUGACUAUGAUGCAGUUGGUACAAUUCAUGUUAAUUAUAACUCACAUAGUGAUCCAAACCUCGACAUCUCCGUGCCCGGUGAGCGUGGUGUCUUACUGGGUCGGCAUAUCAAACCUCAUCAUAUUCAUGUGGCUGUUCACGGAUUUCUACAGAAAGCGAUACAUCAAAGGCGUAUCACCUGUCUCAACUAGACAGGUGAUGGAUUAA